CCCUAAAAACCGAAACGACGACGACGACGGCGGUGGUGGUGAGGAUGAUAAGCGCUUCGGAUCUGUUCCUGUUCGAAUAAUAUUUUGUUUGCGUAGGCAGAUUUUCUGCUAGAAGAAGUGCUUAGAUUGGCGGUCCGCCGGAAUCUUGAAAAGACGCAAACGAUGAACCUGAUGGAUAGCAACCCAUAUGGGAACGGACUGCUGUAUGCAGGUUUCAAUCAGGACCAGGGCUGCUUCGCGUGCGCCACCGAUAAUGGCUUCCGUGUAUACAACACAGAUCCAUUGAAGGAAAAAGAACGUCAAUACUUCUCUGAUGGGGGUGUUGCCCAUGUAGAGAUGCUCUUCCGGUGUAACUAUCUGGCACUGGUUGGUGGCGGUAUUCGUCCUUUGUAUCCACCGAACAAGGUACUGGUUUGGGAUGAUCUCAAGAAGGCUCCUGCCAUUUCGCUAGACUUUAACGCACCGGUUAAGAGUGUCCGUUUACGGAGGGAUCGAAUUGUGGUCGUUUUAGAGGGGAUCAUCAAAGUAUAUACGUUUACACAGACUCCGACCCAAUUGCACGUGUUUGAAACCAGCCAAAAUCCUCAAGGACUUUGCGUGCUUUGUCCAAACAGUAACAAAUCGUUGUUAGCAUUUCCUGGCCGAAGAACCGGACACGUGCAAAUCGUUGACUUAGCUAAUACGGAAAAAGCUCCACAGGAGAUCAUUGCCCAUGAAACUGCAAUCAGCUGCAUUGCACUCAAUCUGCAAGGAACGAGGCUAGCCACGGCAAGCGACCGAGGCACACUGAUUCGAAUCUUUGACACAGCCAACGGGAGUAAGGUGGCAGAACUGAGGCGCGGUUCGAAUCAGGCUAAAAUCUACUGUAUCAAUUUCAAUCAUCAAUCCACGGCGGUUGUCGUUUCAUCCGAUCACGGCACAAUCCACGUGUUCAACUUGGAUGAACCGAAGAGCAAAGAAUCCUCUAGUUUGCUCACAAAAUACUUCACCAGUCAGUGGUCGUUCUGCAAAUUUUCGAUACCACAAGGUCCACCCUGUAUAUGCGCUUUCGGAACUGAGAACAAUUCGGUGAUAGUGAUAUGCGCUGAUGGUCACUACUACAAGUUUGUAUACAACAGCAAGGGCGAGUGUAGUCGAGAAGUUUGCUCUCAGUUUCUAGAAAUGACUGAUGAUCACACAUAAAUAGACACCGACUGGCGUGACCUGUGGUGAGUUGGACAGUGAUGAGAAUGGAAUUCUGGUGUCUUCGAAACUGGUAGAUUUAUUUUAACCUGAAAGCAACUGCAACUGUUUGCGAGCAACUCAUCCGGUUUUAUUUUUAAGAUUUUAUUUUCUGUUCUAUCGAAUCUUUUCGGGGCAGAACGGAGCUAUCGAAGAGAAUAUCCUAUUGAUAUACAAUAGAUUAUAUGAAGUAACAAAUAUUACUAAUUAAAACUAUUACAACUACUUUUACCUUGUAUGUCAUCUGAAAGUAAGAAAAUCUGUUGCAAAAUGCACUAUUCAAUAAAACGUUUUGUUGGAUAAUUCCA